CUGUGGCUGUUAUUUACGAAAUCAAACACCCUGGUGCGCGAGCGACAUUCUGCGCAUGCAUCAGUAACGGAUGAAACACGAAUAAAUUGUAGGUCAUUGUAAUUUGUGUUGCAAAAAGAGGUGUGAGAGACUUUGAAGUAUUGGAAUGAGUAAAUAACAUGAUCCUGGUAGUGGUGUAAUCGUCCGGACAAUAAUAUACAUCUGCUUGUUUAGUUCUAAAAAAUGUAAUACCUCAAAAUAUCGGAGUGUGUAUAUUUUAAAGUGUGUUUAUAUAAAAUUUGUACAGCUUUAUUCAGUUCUCCUAUUUUUUUUUCACAUUUCGCAACCAAAUUUUCCGAUUUUACAAAUUCUUGAAUGCGCUUUUGUAUGUACAGCUGCAUCUUAAACCGAUCAACUUUCACUGUUCCCCCCGUUCAAUGUUGGUAACACGAAAACAUCCAUCGCUAAACAGACACUAUCUGACAAAUAUCAACGAAAAGAGAUUUAAAAAUGCCGUGGGGGAACGUUAUCUCAUAUUAAAAAUUGGUCAAAGAUUGUUGCUCUGUCGUAAAAAAAUCGUGCACCUUUUCUCGUUCACUGGAGCAUUUCGGCCUCACGUUUGUAAGAAAAUAAUAAUGAUCAUGAAUAGAUUUUUAGUUAAAUAUUCACUGCAUACUAUCUUAUGUAUAUUAUGCGGUACCCGCAUUGACCGGGCUGCCUAUGCUGAUCAUAAUUAAUUUUUGAGACCUGAUUGUAUUUUUAAACAGAUAAUGAAUGACAAUAUCCCAGACCUCGGUGGUAAGGAUAUGGACACACUGAAUGCAUAUUCACUGAAUUUGAUCAGCUAAUGCGCGAUCACAACAAACCCUGGAAGGUGAAAAUCAAUUGUGAUUACUGUUUAAAACAAUAUUUCUCCGGUGCAAUGUACACCCUAGUGCGUUGGUCACAUAUUCUGCAUAGAUGUGUACACAGGGUACCUCAAUUAAACAUACAAAUCACGCAGUGUUUAUACAUUGUAACCUUCGUCGCAUAAAGCAUCCCGCAUUUGUCUGCUGAAACACAUUACUGUUCAACACUUUAGUGGGUGUACUGAACAAGCAGCUCUAUUCAACACUUCAGAGGGUGUAACCUCGUAUUGUCUCGUACUCUAUAGUGGUAUGAUACAAUUGAUUUUUUUAGGCGUUGAUAAAGUGGUCUGGUAUAGACUGCAUUGUUCUUGUCUGUGAAGCUGAAGUAAGGAGUAACUUUGGCACAAAAAAUGGGCCGAAGAAGUUCACUGGUAAAUUAAUCAUAAGAAGCAAGAUAUCUAGCUGUUCCGAGACCAAGAAAAGUACAUUUUAUUCCUUGGUUUUCCACAAUUAACACUGGCUAACGGAGAGUUACCUAAUUACAACAUUGACGGUAUGUCCUCUGCUUCAAACGGCUCACGAAGCCGAGUAGUCGGCAGAGAUCUGACAUGUUACCUUUGCCGUCAGCACUACAAGAACCCAAAACUUCUGCCAUGUCUUCACACAUUCUGUCAAGAAUGUUUGGAAAAAGCGCACGAGAAAGACAACGAAUCAUUCCUUAUCUGCCCGUCGUGUCAAUCUCGAUUCAACCUCAGCGCGAACGGUGGAAUUGCAAGCCUCAAAUCAAAUUUCAUGGUCAAAAACAUGCUUGAUUUGCUCGCAGUUAACCUAAACGAGGUUAUCAAUUGCGGCAACUGCGACGAUAAAAAUCGCGUCACGGUGCGUUGUGCUGAGUGCGCGGAGUUUUUAUGUCAGCCUUGCGCGGAUGGCCAUAAACGGGUGCGUUUCACUCGGAAUCAUAGCCUUAUGACCCUAAAAGAAUGCGAAAAUCAAGGAAAGAUCCAUAGCACCGCUUAUUGCCCGAAGCACGAAGACGGGGUUUUGAAAUUAUUCUGCGAGACUUGCCAAGUUCCAAUGUGUCGCGAUUGCACGAUUGUCGAUCACCCGAUCACGGUACACGAAUAUCGGUACGUCGAAGAAGCGUUUGAAACGUGUAAGGACGCUUUGAGCACGUUGUCCAACCAGGUGAGCGCGCAAAUUCCCAAUAUCGUUGAAGCGGUCGGGCAGUUGAAUGAUAUAUCGCAACAGCUGGAGAUCAACAAAGGAAGCGUUGCGCGGGAUAUCCAUAUUUAUAUUGAGCAGUAUGUGUCAGCGUUGAGGCAGAGAGAGAAAGAACUUCUUGGAGAAAUGGAUAAAAUAUACAGUAGAAAACGACACGUAUUAUCAGUACAGAAGGAAAAGUUGGAACAAGAUUUGAGUAAAUUGAAGAUUGCAACAGAAUUCACAAAUAAGAUAUUAAUAUAUGGCAGUCCUUUAGAAGUUCUUGGUAUAAAGAAACAACUGUCAGCCCAUCUGAAAAAUCUUAAAUCCAAAAAACAGCGUGGCGUUCCACUCUCUCCUCAAGAGACUGAUCAAAUGGAAUUUCAACUGGAAUACCAAGUUGCACAAAAACUUACGUGUAUUCCAGAUUUUGGAGAGAUUGUCAGUGGAUCAUCGUCUAAUGCAACAAUUGUUGAGGGAGAUGGUUUAAAACGUGCAAUCGCUGGCAAGCCAGCGACAUUUACUAUCAAGAAGAAUCCUUUCUUUAUCGAUGAACUUGAUGAUGAUGAUUCUGGAAUUGUUUUAAAAGUGAAGAGUAAAGAUGCGGAUAGUAUUGGAGCGGUUGAUAUCAUUGAGGGGGAACAUGGGACAUAUAGGGUGACAUAUGAACCUCAAACACCAGGUACAGUUUGUUUGGCGGUAUUCCUCAAAGAUGAUCAUAUCCAUGGCAGUCCCUUUGUAGUCUCUGUUCAUAAGGAAAUCAAAUAUAACGAGGGCAGCAAAAAAUAUAUAUUAGGCUUGGAUACCGACGGUCCUGGGCAGUUUGUAUGUCCGUAUGGUGUUGCAGUCUCCCCCCUGACAGGAGAUAUAUGGGUGACAGACAGUGGGAAUACAGAGGACCAAAUACAGGUUUUCAGCAAGAAUAACCAGUUAAAAUUUCGGUUUGGCAAGGUUGGCAACCAGCAUGGUGAAUUCAAUGAUCCAGCGGACAUUACCUUCGUUGGUGAUGACCGAGUGGCUGUUGUUGAUAGAGGAAACCAUCGUGUUCAAAUUUUUAACGCAGAAGGUCAUUUUCAGUCGACAUUUGGUACCAAAGGAAGCGGUGUUGGUCAGCUAUCGUUCCCAACAGGCGUAGCGGCCAGUGACCAUGCUAUUAUUGCUGUGUGUGACAAUGGGAACAAGAGAGUUCAAUUAUUUAAAGACGAUGGUUCUCACUUGAUGACGCUCGAUGAAAGCAACCCUAACGGUGUAAAAUUCAGUUCUCCUUGGAAUGCGGCAGUUAACCACCAACACGAGUUGAUUGUCACAGAUAGCAUUAACCAUUGUGUACUGGUGUUUGGUGGUGAUGGUAAACUGGUACAGAGAUUCGGUAGCCAUGGUAACGGUGAUGGUGAAUUCAAUACGCCAACUGGAGUGACAAUUGAUGGUGAGAAUAACAUCUUGGUGGUAGAUCGCGAUAAUAAUCGAGUUCAAGUUUUCACAUCCACUGGUGUCUAUAUUGCGAAGAUUAAUACCCUUGGGGUUGAUGGGGCUGAGUUCUUUCACCCAGGAGGCAUUUGUGUAAGUCCAUUUGGAGCAGUUAUUGUAGCAGAUUGUCUUUACAAGUGUGUAGAGGUGUUUCAAUUUUAGUUCAAAAUUGGUAUAGAUAUGGUGAGGAAUGUGAGGAUAUGGUUUUAGAUUUUUAUUCUUUCAAAUUUACUAGAGCUAAAAUGGGAAUAUAUGUAUUUGUUUAAAUAAGUUAGGUUAAUAUUAUGGUUAAAAUGUAAAGAAUUGACAUACCUAUAAAUAAAAGAGGACAUCAAACAUUAUUCUU